AUGAAAGGGCUAGUGAGACUGAGACUUUCCCGGAUGGGAAGAAAACACCAGCCGCUGUACAAUAUUGUUGUGACUCACAAAAGAACCCGUCGCGACGGUGCGCCGAUCGAGGUGAUUGGAACGUACGAUCCAAGACCAACUCCACUUACACCAGCACAGAAAGCAGAGGGAGUGAUACCGGUGAAAGACGUGAAGCUGGACUUCCAGAGAUCGAAGUAUUGGAUAUCUGUUGGUGCGCAACCAACCAAGCCUGUUGAAAACCUUUUGAAAAAAGCAGGAAUCUUGUAUCCCGAAUGGCCUUCUCCAUCCAAGAUCGGCAAGCUUGUUGCUCGGGAAGAGAUCCCAAUCGAUGACAAGAAAUUUGCCUAA